AUGGCGGGAUUCCACUCGUCCGCGUGUCCCGCGUCGGACUUGUCGCAGUCGUCUGGGCCGUCCGUGACGGAAGAGACGGUGUCGCUCGUUCAGGCGUCCGAUAAAGGCAUUGGACUCGCUUUUGUGGAGCAGCUGCUGAAGCGGCAGCCAACCGGCCGCGUCAUUGCCACGUGUCGAGAUCCGAUGGGCGCUCAGCACCUGGACGCACUUCACGACCAGAGCGGUGGACGGCUGGAUGUGAUGCAACUGGAUGUGACUAAAGAGGAUACCAUCGAGGCUGUAGCAGCGGCCGUGCGGCAGAAGUACGGCAAGCUGGACCUGCUGCUCAACGUGGCGGGUGUGCUGCAUCGCCCCAACGAGCUACAGCCGGAGAGCAGUCUGCACUGGCUGUGCCAGGACGCGAUGUUGCUGGCUUACCGAGUCAACGCCAUGGGGCCCAUGCUCGUGCUCAAGCACAUGAUGCCGCUGCUGGUGACGGGUGGUCACACCAAUCCCAACCGUCCCUACUCCAUAGUGGCCAACAUGAGCUCGCGCACCGGAUCCAUCUCUGAUAACCACAUCGGGGGGUGGUACUCGUAUCGCGCCUCCAAAGCUGCUCUCAACCAAUUCACCAAGACGGCAGCAGUGGAGUUGGCCGCCCAGAAGAGCCCAGUGGUGGCCGUGCUGCUACACCCCGGCACUGUAGACACCGACCUUACCCGCCCGUUCACUGCGCACUUGCCGGCCGAUAAGAUCUUCACGCCUGAUUUUGCUGCCGAGCAGCUAUUGGGUGUCAUUGAUGGGUUGAGUCCGAGUGACAACGGGCGGUUUAUCGCGUAUGACGGCACGGAUGUGGCGUGCAUUUUGCGCCCCCCGCGCUUUCCGCGAUUCCGCUGUCAGCGUCGUCCCGCGCGCGCUCCAAUGGCUGCGCUUGCCGUGCGAGCCGUCUCCGCCGCUGCGGCGGCUGCGCUGCCGGCUUUCCCGCCGUCGCAUAGGCGCGCUUCGCCAGCAGCCAGAGAAACGUCGCUGCGGAUAGGAGGGCGGGAGAAGCGCGGCUGUAGCAAUGGCGGCUGGAGCUGCGCGGGGAGGAGGGGUGGGGCUGUCGUUGCGCUGGCUGCGCCGCCUGAAACCGUGACUGCGAUUGUGGAGAGCGGAGCUGCGACCAUGGUGUCAGCUGCUGAUUGGACGAGUCACCUCGUGCUCGCCACGCUCAACACAGCUGCCACGCCGGCAUCGGACGGACCAAUAAAAUUGCCCCCCGCUUACCUGGAAGACCCGUGGGCUAUUCCCGAGGUCUCUCCGUUGCAAUCCUUUGCCAGUAUUCUGCUGACCGGGACGAUUGGUGUGCUGCUGUUCCGAGCUAUCAAGAGACGAGCGAGCAAGGUCACAGAAUCGCGAUUCCGGUCAGACUCAGUCGAGAAGCUGUCGUCCAAUCCGGUGGUGGAGGAGCGGAAGCGCCGGGCGGCAGAGGAGGCGGCAGAAGCAGCCAAGCGACCGCCGCCCACGGUGCUGAACACGCUGGGCGGCGCACUGGUGGCGGGGUCGAUUGCGAUUGUGCUGUACAAGUUUGCGACGUCCGUUGAUGAUGUGUUUGCGGGGCAGACCCUCUCAACCACUUACACUGUUCGGAACCUUUCCAUUGCUGUCAGGACCAUAGUAUCAGGCCUCGUAUGGCUGGCCACAUUCAUCUUUGCUCUCAACUCCCUAGGCCUCACGCUCUAUGCCUUUCAAUUGGCGCUCGGCAUUGACUCCCCUAAAGACAGCCCCGUUACUAGGAGUGGGAGUGAUGCAGAUACAGUGGGAUCCAAAGACAGCGAGGCUAAGGAGGCUGAGGUUCCGGUUGGGAGUGAGGCGAAGAAGCCAUUGGGUUUCGGAGGCGAAGCAGGGAGUUUAGGAGGCACGGCAGGCGCUGACGAGGUGCUUAUAGGGAGAGUGGCCGCGAUAGAGGAACAGCUGAUGCUGCAGCUUGCAGGGACUAGUGCAGAGGAGGGGAAGAGGGAAGCCGGAGGAGAGGAAUUAGAAAAGGGCAAGCCCCUCUUUACAGUCACAUCCCUGAACCGAACCAUUCGCAGGGUAGAUCUGAACAAGACCUUUCUAGAAUACCACCACCAUUUCCGGGAAGGAGAGCUCAAGCUACAGUGCUCCGGCGAGCCUUGCCCGAACCUAGGCUCCUGUGGCCCGGAGUUCCCGAACCUGCGCGCCUGCUACUGGCCGAACCUGGUCGACGCGGAGUACCUAUUCCCGGACCAGCCUAUAAACUGCCCGAAAGUUAUGGAUAUGAGUGUGGAAGGGGGAAGGGAGGUGUCGGAUACGAGGUGCACUCAUAAGGGGGAUGACUUGCGGCUGGACAUGUUUCUGCCUCAGUAUUACGAGCUGCGAGACGUGUACUUGGAUGGGGAUGGCUUGGUGUUUAACGAGACGGUCUUCUUUGAUCGUCACAGCUGUGCCGACAAGGGGAAUUUCUCAUUCGAGCCAGGCAAGGCCAAGGUCCGUCACUACGACCGUCUCGUCUCCCUCAUGUACCCACUGGGCAUCGCAUUCUAUCACGUGCUCAUCGAGCUCGUGCCCCACCUCUUUGUGCUCUCCCCACUGCUGCGAGACAACCCCUCCAUCCCCAUCGCCAUCGCCUCGCACCAGGUGAAGGCGUUCAGCAGUCUCCUGGUGCCCUUCCUGGGCAUCCCAGCCACCGCUCUCAACCUCGCUGUCAUCCCCAACCGACACGCUGAUGUCAAUCUGCUCGUCCACGUGGAUGUCUUGUACCAGCCAGUGUACCAGGCGUGUGGUCGCUCCGCACCUGCCAUGUGGGGCGAGCUGCGCCGCCGCUUCCUGCUGCCCCCUGCCGGCCUGCCCCUCUUCCGCCCUGGCCUAGUCCCACGCCACAACCACACCCACUUUCUCCCACCUACUGCUGAUUCACCAGCCACCACCACCUCCACCAGUGCUGACAGCAGCAUCCCUGUUAGGGCUGGUGACAUCAGCGAGACGGAUGUGCCCCUGUGGUCUGACGCGCAGACCGCCCGGCUGCCGUACAGCUGGCGCGCCGUGAUUGCGCACCGGCGCGGCGCGAUGCGCCACCUGGCGGCGUUUGAUUCGCUCGUGGCGGAGAUGAAGCGAGUUUUUCCGCCGCAGCGGGUGUUUGUGUUCGAAGGGGACCUGCCCAUCCUGCAAGUGUUCCCCCCGCAGCGGGUGUUUGUGUUCGAAGGGGACCUGCCCAUCCUGCGAGGUGCGUAUGCUGUGCUGCAGUGCAAGGUGUAUGGGUGGGUUAUGUUGAGAUCUUAUCAGUCUCGGUUCUACCUGCCGGUGUUGCGCACAGUGUUCCCCCCGCAGAGGGUGUUUGUGUUCGAAGGGGACCUGCCCAUCCUGCAAGCCAAGCUGCUCUUCAACCGAGCAGCAGUAUACGUGGGCUUGCACGGAGCAGGCCUCUCCAACAUGAUCUUCAUGCCAUCCAAUCACCCCUCUCUGCCAUCUCUUCUCGUUCUACAUCCCACCCCCUUCAUGAACCAGCCAAGCUUCUCUGGCAACAGAGCAGCCGUCUUUGUGGGGAUUGCACGGUGCAGGUCCAAACUGCUCUUCAACCGAGCAGCGGUCUAUGUGGUCUUGCACGGAGCAGGCCUCUCCAACAUGAUCUUCAUGCCAUCCAAUCACCCCUCUCUGCCGUCUCUUCUCGUUCUACAUCCCACCCCCUUCAUGAACCAGCCAAGCUUCUCUGGCAACAGAGCAGCCGUCUUUGUGGGGAUUGCACGGUGCAGGUCCAAACUGCUCUUCAACCGAGCAGCGGUCUAUGUGGGCUUGCACGGAGCAGGCCUCUCCAACAUGAUCUUCAUGCCAUCCAAUCACCCCUCUCUGCCGUCUCUUCUCGUUCUACAUCCCACCCCCUUCAUGAACCAGCCAAGCUUCUCUGGCAACAGAGCAGCCGUCUUUGUGGGGAUUGCACGGUGCAGGUCCACACUGCUCUUCAACCGAGCAGCGGUCUAUGUGGGCUUGCACGGAGCAGGCCUCUCCAACAUGAUCUUCAUGCCAUCCAAUCACCCCUCUCUGCCGUCUCUUCUCGUUCUACAUCCCACCCCCUUCAUGAACCAGCCAAGCUUCUCUGGCAACAGAGCAGCCGUCUUUGUGGGGAUUGCACGGUGCAGGUGUAUCCUGCAUGAUCUUCAUGCCCUCGAACCCCCCUGCCACCCUCAUCCCUGCCCGUAA